AUAGCUCAUUUGCGAAGUAACAAGCUUGAAUUGGUAACACUUCUAAAAAACACGAGAAGCUACAUGAUCGCCUUAGAAUUCCAUCAUCUCGCCCACUAAACUCCGGAGCAGUGAAGUGUGGCCACUGGUCACUCCAUCCUCCGCCAACAAUUCGCAUUCCUCCCUUCCGACCAUAUCACUGUCAAAUACCCACCCGCCUUCGAUUGUUUCGUCGGCUUCAACAUUUAGGGUUUGCGUAGAAUUUGAGCUGCCGCGGAUUCUUUAGCCAAUGGAUGCGGCGGCUGGUGUUGCUGCUGCACGCGGCAUUCCUCUGUCCGUUUCCUCGUCUCAGGCUUCUCGCAAGGAAUGGCGCGCUGUAUCCGAGCAGUCAUUGAGGAAUUAUACUAAUGAGGUUGAUCGGUCAAAAUUAGGGCAGUCGGAUGAGAGACUAAUAUACGAGGUGCAGCAGGGGAGAGAACCUGCUGAUGUGGACUUCGGCUCAAUUAGUGUUGAUGAAAAUCUGGAUAAUGAUCUUCUGCAGCAGAGGCUUCAUAGUGUUGUGAAACAAAGGGAUGAGUUGCAGCGGAUGGAGAUUGAUCUCCGGGCUCAAAUCAUUACUAGAUCAGAGAUUAUGGAACUGAGGAAAGUUUUUGAUGCUAAAGUUAAAGAGCAGGCAAAUACUAAUAUGAAACUUCAGGAACAACUGCGUGAAAGAGACCAGACGAUAUAUGAGUUGGAAAGAAGAAUGGAGGAUAAAGAGAGGGAAUUGCAAGCAAUAAGAUUGGACAAUGAAGCGGCUUGGGCCAAAGAGGAUCUACUGAGAAAACAGAACAAAGAAUUGCAAACUUAUAGAAUAGAGUGGGACAACUCUGAAACUGAAAGAGCUCAGAAUAUUAAACAAAUUCAUGAACUUCAGGAGCAUAUUCAAGAGAAAGAACGUCUAUGCAUGGAAUUGCAGGAACAGAACAGAAUUGCCAAAGAAACCAUUAUUUACAAAGAUGAACAGAUGACGGAGGCCCAUACUUGGAUGAGUCAUGCUCAGGAGGUCAAUGCAUUGCAACAAGCUGAACUACGUGAACGAGCAGAACAGUAUAAUCAGCUUUGGCUAGGUUCUCAGAGACAGUUUGGCGAGAUGGAGCAUCUACACUUGCAUAUACAGCAGCUCCAAAAAGAACUGGCAGAGGAAAGAGAAAAGAAUGGUACUUCCAUGGAUUGUUCUCAAGUCUCAAAAGAGACUUCGAAAGGUACUUCACCGUAUGGGCUGAAAAUUGGCAAUACAAUUAAUGAGAAUGGUAAUAAUGGGGCUUCUCCUGCAAACUCUGGAAAUGUGCCAAAUGGAAAUGCUGAAAUUGCUAUGUCAUUAACAUCUACUGGCAAUCUGUCUACUCAGAAUGAUCUCCAUGGUGUUCCACUUGCUCCAUCUUUACUUGGGAUGCCAACCUUCAUUCAACCAGGUCAAAUUGCUGCGCUUCAUCCAUUCUUAGUGCAUCAACCGGGAGUCCCUCCUAUACCUUCACAGGUUCCUGAGUCUCAUCAUCAUGGGAACUUUCACUCUAUACCUGCAAUAUCAGCUUUCCAGCAUUGGCCCAACCAACAGGUUUCAAUGGAGGGUGGGUCGCAGAUGUCUAGUCACAUUCAAUAUCAUCCGCAAGCUGAAUCAACAUUGCUAAGACCAGAGUCUGCUUACGAGUAUGAAACAUCAUUUAACAGGGAAGUGCCUCAUCCACAAAUUCCACCAAAGGCUUCUGUUGGAACUUCAAGUGAAGAGGAACAACAGGCAGUUCUUCAAUCAGUAGGUGAAAACUGCAUCCCUAGUCUCCAAACCCAGCAGCAUGCAUUGCAGCAUAUCUCUUCUCAAUUUCAUGAUGCUUUGAGGCUUGAUCCUCUUCAACACAGUAAUGAGUUCCAGGGGGAUAAUAUUAAUACUUCGGGUCAUGGAGUAGAGUUGGGAGGAGUAAUGACUGGUGAAGUUACUUCUGCUAGUAAUAAGAAGUCUUUACAAGAAGUUCCCAAUCAGACUAGUCAUUCAAAUCAUAAUAAAGUAAUAGAUGCCACACACAGAAAUGCUGCUAGUCUGCCUGAAAGAUUGGUUUGCGUGGGUCAGAAAAAUGUACAUGCUGUUGUUGAGAAAGCAUCUGAACCUGAUAAUCUACUCGAAGAACAAGCACUACUGGCUCUCAUAGUUCGCACAAUUCCACCUGGUUCUAGUGGUAGAAUUAGGAUUAGCACAACGCUCCCAAAUAGGCUGGGGAAAAUGCUUUCUCCACUACAUUGGCAUGAUUACAAGAAGAAAUAUGGGAAACUUGAUGACUUUGUAGCAAGCCAUCCUGAAUUAUUUCUGAUCGAUGAAGACUACAUUCAACUCCGAGAAGGUGCUCAUGAAAAAGUAGCAGCUAUAUCAGCUGCAGCUAAAGUUGCUGCGGCUGCUGCCGCCACAUCAUUAUCCUAUUCGCCGCCGCAUCUGCCUUCCGUUGUUUCAGUCACUCCCAUGGCUCAGUUAAUGAAACCUAAAAAUCCAGAUCUGAUUGCCUCAAGAACUAAUAAAGAUACACCCUCGGUGGAAUUCUAUAUAAGUGAUGGAAUCAACUCUGAGAAAAAUUAUAUACAUCCCAGACAAAGUUCAUCGCCAGGAAAGCCUGGUCCAAAUUUAGUUGGCAGGCAGCAAGAAAGGAUCAGCCGGUUUCCAGCAAGCUCUAGAAGAUAGUUCCCUUCCUUUUGUAAAGAUAAUGGUAUACUUAUCUGCCGGGAUAAGGUUCGGAACUUUUGGUGUCCAAUUUUUGAAGUAUGAAAUCAGGCCAUAAUACCCGCAAGCAUUCUUAUUGUGAUCAAGAUUGGAAAGACGUUCUGACGGGUGUUUUUUUAAUACAUUACCCACCUAUGUAAACUAGGGGUCUUUUGGAGAGCUAUUUAUUAAAAUUGUAGGAUGGCUUAUUUAGUUAGAAAAAUUUUUCUUGGUUACUAACAGUGCUUUUGACCUAAUUACCAUCUCCAUAGCAGUUGCAAAUUUAUUUCAGAGUUGCAUUUUUUUUCUUCAUUUUUUUCUCUCUAGGACAACAAUAGUGCCUUAUUCUAUAAUUUUCAACAAAAACUCAC